AAAAUAAAAAAAAACAUUAAUUAAUCAAUAUUUGAAUAAAAGAACUUAUUUAAUUCGAUUACAAAAAGAUUUAACUUUUCAACAAUAGAAUUUAGUAAGAUGAGAACUAAUAAACAGAAUUAGAAAAAGGGAUAUUAAGAAUUUGAUAGCAAUGAUGAAGAACAAAAUAUGUCCAAUAAUUCAAAUUUUGAUGAUUCAUCCAGUGAUAAAAAUUCUGCUAACAUGGGAAGCGCUCCUGAAGAUUCUAAUGAUGAUGAAGAUAAUAAUAAUAACUACAGUAAAAGCAAUAAGGAUAAAUAAAAAUUAGCUAAAGGUUAAGAGAAUGUAAGAGGAAUUUAAAAUAAAUAGGGCUAAUCUGCAAAUGCUAAAACAAUUUAGAUGGCAGAUCUCAAAUAGAAUUAAAACUAUGGAAAUGAAAGAUAAAAAUAAUAGUAAAAGAAUAAUUAUAAUGAUAGUGAUGAGGAAGAUGAAAUACCAAGUUAAAAUUAUAAUUAACAAAGAACAGCAAAUCAAAGUUUAAACACUAGGUCUCUUAACUAAAUGAAAGAUUAAAAAUCUUAACUCGUUAAUUAGAGAGAACAAAAAAGUUAAUAGUAUUAGAAUAGCUCAGAUGAAGAAGAGGAAGACGAUGUAGAAUAUAAUCCAAAUGCAUAAAAAAGGGAUGAUAAAAGAUUGGUUGCUGCUUAAUAGGGACAGAAUCAACUCAAUAGAAAUUAAAAUUAAAUUCAAGUUUAGAAGAAAGCACCACCAAAACCAGCAAUAAGCAAAAUUGCAUAAAAUAUCAAGGGUUAGUAGAAACAUGUUAAAUUAGUAGAAGAUGAUGAAGAUUUUUAAUAGCAGAAUAAUCACGAAGAGGAAGAAGAAGAAGAGGAAAUUGAUGAGGUUAAUUACCAAUAAAAGACUAAUAGACUUAAAGAAGAAAAAGAAAUCAGGUAGAGACUUUCUGAUGAGAGAAAGAGAGAGUUAGAAAAGAAUAAAAAGAAAAAAAAAUCAACAAAGUUAGAUGCAGAUGAAAAUGAAGAAAAUGAUGAUGACGAUGAUGAAGACGACGACGAUGAUUAUGAUUACGAUUAUGAUGAUUUUAAUGAAGAAAAUAGAAGGAAGAGAGAGGAAUAUGAUUUUAGCAAUACUAUUACAUACUGGAUAGGAUUUGUAAUUAUUGUUGUGUUUAUGAGUAUUCUUUAUUAUUUCAUGAUUUCAAGAGGCUUUACAACUAGCUAUCGUGAUCAGCAAUAGAAUAAAUAAGUUUAAAAUAAACCAGUUUUACUAUAUUCUUCAAGUAGCUAUCCACUUGAUGUGUACUUUUAAAAUGAAUUUUGGAAAUAAACUAAGCAUUUAUAAGACAGAAGAGAAGAAGCAACUUGUUAAUCAGAUAUAGCAGAAGAUCCAUUUUUCGACUUUUCUAUUCAAGUUUCUUAAGAAAAAACAAGAUUGUUUAAUAGUUAUAUUAAUAUUGAGUGUUAAAACUAAUGCCAAAUUUUAUAAAUUUAAGAGAAGUUAUAAAAUAUUGAAGUCAAAUAAUAAGACUAAAAGGUUCCAAAACUUAGCUUUGAAGAUUUAGUUAAGGAGUAUAAAUGCGAUGGAGAAAGAGAGUCAUUCUUUAAUGGUAAAUGCUAAGAAUGCAAUGAAUUGUGCCUUCAAUGCUCUUAGUUUACUCAUACUUGCUACAGUUGCUAUGAUUAAGAGUAUUUGACCAACAAGAAAUGUUAAACAUCCUGCGAUGGUUAGUAGUCAGCAAUCAAUCAUUUCUGCAUCUAGCAAAAGCCAAAUAUGAAUCUGUAAAUUUUAAAAGGAAUGCAACAUAACAUGUAUAUAUUGCACACUCCAGAAACUCCUUAAAGUUUUAAAGAUCAGCUUUUAAGAUAGUAAGUAGCCAUUGAAGAAGCAAAGAAGAAAGCAUAAACAAAUUCCACCACAACCUAAAAUAAAACUUAGGAAAUAGAAUAAAAUAAAAAAGAAGAAUUCAAAUUAAAAAAAUACCCUUUCAUUUUCUUACUUAAUGACUACAGAUAUACAUAAGAUGAUGUAUUCCUAACUAAGUAAGUGGAGAAGUAUUUUGAUUAAGCUUUCUUGCUUUCCAUACCCUAUUUCAAAGAGAUGUUAACAGCUAGUGAAUUAGACAAUCUAAUAGAAGAAAUCAUAGACAAUACACUUGAUUAAGAUAUUACUUAGUUUGUAGAUUUCUAUGCUGUAAUGGGUUAUGGUUUAACUGGAUAAUUAGCAAUCUAAAUUGGCUUGGAACAAAAAGAAUAUUACUAUAAAAAGAGAAUAUCUAUUGCAACAGCUGUUUCUGAUAGCUCAUUUGCAGCUAUUAUUAAUUAAGAUAGUAAGAGCUUUGAAAACUACAUAGAAAAAUAAGAAACUUAUUUCAAAGAUAACCUCUUUUGCUACCUUUCUCAAAAAAAGAAAUAAAUAAAAUCAACCCAAGUAGAAUUUAAGAAAGACAUUGAAGCAGACAACUAAGAAAGUAAGUUACAUGAUCACUUAGAUUUCUAUCUUAAGCAUUCAUUUGACGAAAUUUUAUUGCACUACAAGAAUGAAAAAUUAAGUUAGAUAUUUUGA